CGCGGCGACUCGGGGGCCGCCACUGGCCCUGCUGCCAUGAGUUGUGCGGAGGUGAUGUAUCACCCCCAGCCAUAUGGAGCGCCCCAGUAUCUGCCCAAUCCUGUGGCAGCUGCAACCUGCCCCACAGCCUGCUAUCAUCCGGCGCCCCAACCUGGCCAGCAGAAGUUAGCGGUAUUCAGCAAGAUGCAGGACUCUCUGGAAGUCACGCUUCCCAGCAAACAAGAGGAGGAGGAGGAGGAGGAUGAGGAGGAGGAGGAGGAGGAGAAAGACCAGCCUGCCGAGAUGGAGUACCUUAACUCUCGCUGUGUCCUUUUCACUUAUUUCCAGGGAGACAUUGGGUCAGUAGUGGAUGAACACUUCUCAAGAGCUUUGGGCCAAGCCAGCACCUUGCAUCCAGAAUCUGCCAUUUCAAAAAGCAAGAUGGGGCUAACCCCCCUUUGGCGAGACAGCUCAGCUCUCUCAAGCCAGCGGAGUAGUUUCCCAACUUCCUUUUGGACAAGCUCCUACCAGCCCCCACCAGCACCCUGUUUGGGGGGAGUUCAUCCUGACUUCCAAGUCACUGCACCCCAUGGCACAUUUACAGCAGCUGACCCCAAUCCUUGGCCAGGACAUGGUUUGCAUCAGACUGGCCCUGCCUCGGCUCCUCCUGCAUCUGAGUCCUGGCACUAUCCUCUGGCAUCUCAGGUGAGCCCAUCCUACAGCCACAUGCAUGACAUGUACAUGCGACACCACCACCCUCACCCCCACAUGCACCACCGCCACCACCACCACCAUCAUCACCCAACUGCUGGCUCUGCACUGGAUCCAGCAUAUGGGCCACUGCUAAUGCCGUCAGUGAGAGCUGCCAGGAUUCCUGCUCCCCAGUGUGACAUCACAAAGACAGAUCCGACUACAGUCACCACUGCUACCUCAGCAUGGGCCGGAGCCUUUCAUGGGACAGUGGACAUCAUGCCAAGUGUGAGCUUUGAUACAGGUCUACAGCAUCAAGACAAGAGCAAAGAAUCAGCUUGGUACUGAAGCACCGCAUUCGCGGGUCAACUUGCAGCCUGCAUCUAAGGGCCACUAGGAAAAUAAGCCGUUGGGACUUUCCAUCUGGCAAUGGGACAUUGGAAACAAGGACAGAGAAGAGGAAGUGUCAGUUCAUUGGCUUUAGCUUUGAACCUUUCCUAGUGAAAGCAGAGUGGGUCUUAGUCAAUGAAGAAAAACGUUUUGUUUGUUUUCCCUCAUCUGAGCCUUUGUCAGCCAUGCAACUCCUGUUUUUACUUUCUUAAUUUUACUAGUACCUGGAUUAGUUUGUUUCUUCUUUUUCUUUUUCUUUUUCCUUUUUUCACCAGCCACCUUGUCAGGAAAAGAUGAACCACAAAUGAAAACACUCAUUCUUUCAGGAGAACAAUUGUAGCUCUAUGUGCAUCUAUUUUUGUAGAAAUACGGAAAGUUUGGUUUAGCAUGGAGGGGAUAUUUUUGAGGGAUGUAUUUUUUAAAAAUAUUGUAAAAAUUGUUGAGUUCUGUUUAAAGAACUUGCUUUCAGAGAAGCACUGGCAAAAAUGUUUAAAAUGCGGAUCUUUAAAAUGUCUGUGGUGCACUUGUGUCUGUGCUUUCUAGGGUACCUCAAGUGUUUGAUAGUUUAUCCUUUUUACAGUAGUAGCGUUACCAUAGACAAACCAAUGCAGUAUUGCUUUUGCAUUAAAUCUCAGUGAAGAUGUAAUUCCAUGCUAGCUCACUUAAUUUUCAGUUAUGAAUUUGUAGGUUUGAAAGGGACUUUAUUUUUUAAGGGUCACACAAAAAGAAAAUCCUUUUCAUGGCUUUGAUUUCUCCCAAAGAGUAAUUGAAGGCUGAUUAACAAAGUGUGCCUAAACUUUGAGGCAGAAAUUGUGCCCAAUGAAUAAUGACUCUCACUCUAGUCCAGUCAAAUUUAGUAAAUAGAACUAGAGUUUAUGCACAAUUUCUAUACUGGUAGAAAUGCUUUUAACCUUGUCACCUGUAGAUGCAAGUGGUUAAUUUUCCUGAUUUCUAAUUAUUCAUUCAUGGCAAGUUCAAAAGUCAUAUUUUGAAUAAUUUUAUUUCCUGGCGAGAAUUCAAAGGAAUGAUACCAGGAAAGGAAGACGACACAUUAUAAAACCCUGAUUUAUUCUAUGUGUAAUAUUUUAAUUGGAACAUUUUGCAAGAUUUUAAGUGCAAUUUAAUCUCUCUCAAAUAUUGGAGCAAAACAAAAUUUAUACUGCAAUUGUAGGAACUGGGAUAAAAAUUGAAAAUCUGAGAACUGAACUUCACAUAUACUGUGACAUAUAAAUUAAUCUUUGGAUUAUCGUAAAGGAACAAUUAGAGAAAGUUUAGGGUCAUGAAGUUAGCAGUUAAUGACAAUUUCAGGAUUCAAAGGCAGAGUCCAUUCCUUCUGUCAGUUAUUCUCAUCCAUUAGUUACACAGAAAGUUGGCACAGUGUAGAUGCUUUUAUUGAUAGAGUUUUUCUAAUUUCUCCCAUCUCUCUCCACCUACAGGAAAGGGAAUGUCCAAGAAAACACUAGUUUCCAUCUUUAAUUUUAUACAUCAUGGCUAUGAAUAUUCUACACGUUGACAAUAAAACAAGCACAGUUAGAAUUCUUGCAGUUCAUUUCCACAUAUCUCACUUGGCUAUGUUUUAUGCAUUAGAGUCCUUUUUGGCUGUGUUUUGCCUUAUAAACCUGUGCCCUCUCUUGUAUGUGCAUACUCUAUCUUUUCUUCUUAGCUUUAUUUUCUUUAACAUAGUAUACACAUUUUUACUAAUGUAGAGUCUAGACUUGAAAUAUCUUCCAAUCACCAAUGAUACAAAUUUAAAUUUCUAGAGAGUGGCCUCAUUAAAUUAUAACAUGUUGAUCUAGACUUUGAAUUGAUAAAAUUGUUUUAUUACUUGCCCAACUAUGUGGAUUAUAGAAUUGAAUGAAUCUAUGAAGUUGGUUUUGUUUUGAAUCCUUCUGAGUUUUUAAAUUCAUGUACACAGAAAUUCCCAAGAGAAGAGUCAGUGGGUGUUAUUUACGUCGUCUUUCCUUGGAACCUAUUACCUUCCAUAUCUCUUAUAAUAGUACCACACUUCCAACUCAUUGAGGUCAUUCAAUUGGGUUUUCCCAAUUAAGACGAAGAUAACAGGUAUUACCUCGUUGUUUCUUUCCUUUUUCACUUCCAAAUUGAAUUGAAGAAGAGAGAGCAGAUAAUUCAGUGGUUUUGGCCCAUAUUUAGAAUUUGCUUCUUCUCCUAAUAAGUAUGGACAAAACAUAUAUUGGUUUUUUUUUUUUUUGGCUCUGGAGGCCUAAGAAAAGUGAAGAAUCUGUAUUCUGUUAUAUACAGCAAAGAUGAGAGUGCUCCCUCUGUGCCCAGAUAUCAUUGGUACAUUGUCACCAAAGGAGUGGAUCCAAAUCUAGUGGAGAGAGAGGGAACACAUCUCUGUAACUGUCUAGCAUCCCUCAAAAAUUGUCAUAUUACCCUAACCACCAGAAAUAAUAGAGAGGAGAAAUUAUAAUUUUAUAUAAUAAUUUGAAAUUACUUCAUAUAUAAAAUGAUAUUACCCUCUGGAUCUGUAUUUCUCACAUUACAGUAUGCAGUUGGCCCUAUAGGUUUCCAACCUGCAUUUUUGAAGGUUACCACCUGCGCUGUGACUUCGCUGGAACCACUCCACCUUUGACUGUCUUACAAGUUAACCUUCAUUCAGGCUAUCUGAAGAUCUGUAGACACUGGAAAAUCUUAUUUAUUCUAAAUGCAAUCUAUAUUUCCAUCAAUGAACUAUCUAGACUGAGAAGCAUAACAUGGGCUAUUUAGAAUGCUAAAAGUAUAUUUGAUCCUAUUUUAUUAAUUUCUAGAGAGCAUUGAAACAUUUUAAUAAUCAAAUGAAUGUGCUUUCUUAAGAAGGUUAGCCAUCCUUCUAUUUUCCAACUUCUUUUUUCUCCAUUUCUUCUUAAGAUUAUUUAUCUUAUCUUAACCCACCACCCCUAAAUGGCCAUUAGUGUUCUAAAAUUUAUAAAAUUUACCUGGUGGACUACAAAAACAAUGAAGAAUACAUUUCCUCAACUUUAUGACAUUAAAAAAUAUUCUAAACACUAGCAUAAAAGAUUCCCAUAGGAGCUCAUUAUUUAUUUUCAAACAGUGUUUACCCAUUUCUAAGGCUGGCUGAAUAUGGGACAGAAACUAGCCUUUAUGCUCACUAUCUAACUGUAUUUUGAUGUUAUAAUUUAAAGCGGCAGUCAGAGUGUGUAGUUUUAAACAUUGUAUUCCAUCCCUUACUGAGUGUCCUUGUGUGAAAUGGUAUUUGAUGAAUUAAGUAAGCAGGAGCAGUGGCAGUAAGGGGUGGAAAAGUAAGGUGCAUAUGUUCAAGGUUUGACUGGGAAAUGAACAGGGAACAGAAUGAUUUAAUGGAAACAUCAUCAUUCUGGGAAUUCUUUCUUAUCCACAAUUUAUUGUGUGAUUUGGAACUUCAUUUAUUUACCUCAUGACUAAAAUGGGUUACUACUAACUAAUAGGCAGGCUGUGAAAGUUAGAAAUCAUGUAUAGAUGGAUGACUCAGUUCACAGUAUAGAUAUUCAAAUGAAUGCCAUCUACCACAAAUGUCCAUCUUUUCAGCAAGUUAAAUUGAGCUCCUAAAUAAGCCUCCUCUUCACACAGCAUAUUCAUUCUACAGCAACCAAAUAGACACACUAUUGCUUUUCUUAAGAGCUCAUCGCAAGGAGAAUCUUUCUCUCCUACUAGGUACAAGAGACAGAAGGUAAAAUUCUUAAUUAACUCUGUCUUUUUACUGUGCCAUUUCUGAAUGAAAGUUAAUUAAAUUUCUAGUCAUAUGUAGGCUGAACUCAGAGUUGUAUCAUCCACAAGUCUAUUCCUGCCUCCAAAAUGAAAAGGGUCAUGCCAUUAAACCACCUGUUUAUAUUUUUCAGUUAUAUUUUGGACUUUUUGGCACCUGGAAUAAGAAUGUUUCUUUUGAAUUAUCCACUUUUUUUUUUUUUAACUUGCCUUGGAGGAAAAUUUGCUCAGUAUGGUGGAAACAAAAUCUCCUGCAUGGAAAGGGGAGGGGGAAGCAACCCUUUUACCAUCAUAGUCAGCGGAUUUACUCUACUUGAGAAAAAAAUAAAACAACUUUAUUAGAAGCAGAUGUUGACACUGUGUCUGUUAUUGAGGAUGGAAAGACUUCACUCAAUUGUUACAGUUACAAAAGGGUAUUGAUGGCAGUUAGGAUUCCUAUGACGGAUUACCUUCCUAGCUGUGGGAAGACAGAAGAAACUUCACGGGACCUAAAGCAAAGUGAGCCUGCAAAUUUAAAUGGACAACAUGCCAGGGACUAAGCUUUUCUUUUUCUUUUUCUUUUUCUCCUUCCCUGCAGGUAUAUCUUUUAGACAUAGUCGAGGUUUGAGAAAUAAAUUGCAGUUAAGUUUCCCAAAACAUCUAAAAGUUGAGGAACCCUUUAAAUCUAUUAUUAAAACACUAAAACUUUUAUUAAAAUGGUGUUAGAAACAUUAGACUAUCAUUUUUAUCCUGAAAUGUACUUGAAGACACAGAUAUAGAUUGUCAAAGAAGAAUGGCUCUGGUGGUUGGGGGAUGAGUGGCAAUUGCAGGGUAAUCUCAGUUUCA